AUGCACAAUUGUCUGACGUUGGUGGAUUAUACGUGGCGAGAUGGAGAUGAGAGUGAGCUUCCAUCACCAAACAGCCAAGCUGCAUUACGUUGGAGGCGAAUAGCACGAUCUUUGGACGAAAAUUCAUCCGUUCAUGGCCCGCUGAGCAAGAGUGAAGACGGAACCCUUUCCCGCACUCGACAUUCAUUCCGAAGUGAUUUGGUCAUUGGAUCUGAACGUCGUACAACAACUCAAACCAGUCGCAGCCGACAAGACUCGAUGCUUUUGCUCUCCAGUCGACAACGUCCAACGUACGCAACCUCUCGAUCGGCGCAUAGGGGACUCAGCAGAGUAUGGGCUCCAGUCGGUCAUUGCCGUUAUCUACUCGAUCGUGAUCCACGAACCGGUGAAAUUCAAUGGAGUCCCGAAUCCAAUGCAAUUGUCUGUAGCCCAAGGAAAUUAACUGAAGUCUGUAUGGCGCGUCUAGUUCGGGACUGGCCAUGUAUGUUGCCUCCAAGACAGCCUUCGCUGCGCAAUGUGGUGAAUUUUUUAUUCAGUUCCCGUGAAUCUCGUACCCAGUCGUCCGAAAGUUCUCGACCUAAUAAUGGACCCGGCAGAAGAGCAUUUAGCGUUUCUUCACGAAUUCAACAUGGAACUCGUAAUCAUGAAGACACUGGUAUUGAUGGAAGCACGUCCACCGUUGACAGAAGCCCUAUCCGUCCAAUGACUUACCACGAUUUGCCCAAAAACAUACUGAACAGUCUGUUGGGCGAGGCCAUACUUCAAAGAGACUGUGCAGCGAUUGCAGGUCUCGUGGCCAACUGGCCGGAAGAACAAAUGGCUAUCCGGCGUCUAAUCCCACCAGAAGAAUUUCCUUUAUCCUCAAGCUACCUGACUAAGCCUUCGUUUGUUCUAGUCAGUCCAGAAACGGGUCGAGGAAAUCGCACAACUUUGGUGAAGGGUCCAAGCCUUAUGGAUGCGUUUAUUUUGGGACUCUUGACUAGACAACCUGCAUGCAAACUGUCUUCUUUGGAUUUCACGGGGUUUGAAGAAGAUCGUCGGGUUAGCAUCGAGUUGUCUCGCCUGCCAAUUUUAUGGAUGAAACCAGAGAAUCGGAAUUCCGAAUACGUCAGGCGACACUUGAUGGCAAGUCUUCACAUCGGAAUCCCUAGGAAACGAUUAGAAACUUAUUUUUCCCGCAUUGCUUCAAUCUACGCAAUUCAUGAAGAGGCAAUUGGGAGGGGUGAACCAUUUGAAACGGUCACAGUGCAUUUGGAUUGCAACAUGACGGUGGACGAAGUAGCGCUUGGUCUUUCACUUCAGUGGCUUACUCCAUUCCGGUUCUCCUGUAAUCGUCUACUUCUCCAACGGUUACCGGAAAUUCACUUCCCUCCCUACAGCCUUAUUCGUUUGUUUGACCCACUGGCUAUUACUCAGUUCGAACUUGAAGAUCCGUCGCUUGGGAGCAGUUUGGCUGUUGUCCUUCCAUCUGCUGUUGGAUGGUUGAUCAGUUUGCGAAAUUUGCGAGCGUGCUCCUUACCAGCCUGUAUUCCACCCCCACCUGAUUUCGCGCCUUUGCAAACGUCACGGACUGGAUCCAACUUUUUUUCAGCACAUCCUUCUGGUGGGAGUAGUGGAAGCGGCGAAAACUGGCAGGCCGGUAGCUCCCGGGCAUCAUCGUCCCACGCGAUGGUUCAUCAGCAUACGUCUACACCAGUUUUUACGUCCACAGCGGCUGCUUGUCGUCUGCUCAAUCGAGCACUCAUAUCUCUGAGAUACCUGCAGCGCCUGGGGUUGGCUAGAUGUCACCUGACUGGACAGUUGAAAAUUCUACUGAAUGGACUUAGUCAACCACUUGAAUAUUUGAACUUGCAGGAUUGCUGCUUAUCACCGGAAGAUAUAAACUUCCUCAUAUUGCAAUGGCGUCCGCUGCAGCGACUAUACGAGUUGAAUUUGUCACGAAACAACUUAUCGAAGGUUCCACAGGAGACGCUUCAUCACAUGGUGUACAGUCUUUGCAUGAGACCUCCGGGCCAACUGGUUUGCCUGUCUAUCGCCUACACAUGCCUACCAACAGAAUGCCUUGUUUGGUUGGUCGGUCUCAUGGCUGGCAUUGACGCAAAUGUGAAUCAACCAACAGGCACGGACUGCGAUGAUUCGGCUUCCGACAAAUGGAUAGACACAACUUCUACAUUGCGUGUGCUUUGCUUGCAGCCGUUUGUCCCUCCACCCAGAGAUGUUAUCCAUCGCAUUCUUCAUCGCGUGGCUCGAAUGCCCAAGCUCCAACGAUUACAUCUGUUCCCAGCUGCCUAUGCGUUUCCAGCAGAUGGUGAGGCUAGUCAGAGGGAGCUUCGUAUGGACUGGAUUUCACACAGUCGUAACUAUCUACGACAGCGUUCGCGUCCAGAUAUUGAAGUCGUAUAGUGACAUGCUGUUGAAACUGGCUGAGAACAUAUGUGCUCGUUGAACUCUGUGUUCUUCGUAUGAUAUAUGUCUGUGAUGCAUCACAUUCAUGAUAGGAACUCAUCAGUGCUAUUCACGUACAACCAAGCCACUUUUCUUUCAUGCACGUCAACUAACUGGAGACAUGUAUGCAUACGUUUGUAACCUUUUUUGAUACACAUUUGCGCUGACGUUUUUUUUUGAAAACCAUUAUUGGAUUUAUGCAAACAAAGUUUCCACAUGAGGAAUAUACUCAAGCUUAAAAA